UUUGGACAAAGAGGAACCAGAACAUCUGCAGAUAAAAGAACAGCAGCAAGAACCAGAACAUCCCAGGACAAAAGAGGAAACCAUGGAGCUCCCCAUUAGUGAGCACGAAGAGCAGCUUGUUCUGAAGCAGGAGGCUGAAGAUAAAGGAGAGGAAACUUUUCCAUGUUUGACAUGUGGAGAAAACUUUCAUAUAAAAGAACAUUUAAUGGAUCACAUGAGAAAUAACACAGACCACCUGUGGGAUUAUGUUGGAAAAGAGGAGGAUUUCUCUGACCAGCAGCUCUGUGGACAGGAGAGGAAAUCCAGUUUUGAACUAGAGGAACCAGAACCUCUACAGAUGAAAGAAGAACAGCAGAAGACAGAACAUCCCUGGACUAAAGAGGAAACAUUGGAGCUCCCUAUAAGUGAGCAAGAAGAGCAGCUUGUUCUGAAGAAGGAGCCUGAAGAUAAAGGAGAGAAAUAUUUCCCAUGUCCCAAAAAAGAACAAUUAAUGGUUCACAUGAGGGCUCACACAGGUCAGAAGAUUUAUAAAUGUCUGUGUUGUGGAAAAAGCUUCACUAAGAAAUCUCAUCUUGAUUCACACAUCAGAAUUCACACAGGGGAGAAACCUUUUAAAUGUAUGUCCUGUGGAAAAAGCUUCACUAAGAAAUCUGAUCUUAAAAGACACAUCAAAAUUCACACAGGUGAGAAGCCCUUUUCCUGCACGAUUUGUGGCAAAGGUGUUACUAAAAGAAGUCAUUUGACUACUCACAUGAGAAUUCACACAGGUGAGAAGCCUUUUGAAUGUCUGUCUUGUGGAAAAAGAUUUACUCAGACUUCUGAUCUCAAUAAACACACCAGAAUUCACACAGGGGAGAAGCCAUUUUCCUGCACAAUUUGUGGCAAAGGUUUUACUAAAAAAAUUCAUUUGACUACUCACAUCAGAAUUCACACAGGUGAGAAGCCUUUUGAAUGCAUGUCCUGUGGAAAAAGCUUCACUAAGAAAUCUGAUCUUGAAAGACACAUCAAAAUUCACACAGGUGAGAAACCUUUUUCCUGUACAAUUUGUAACAAGAAUUUUAUUUUAAAAAGUAGUUUAACUAUCCACAUGAGAAUUCACACAGGUGAGAAGCCUUUUGAAUGUCUGUCUUGUGGAAAAAGAUUCACUCAGACAUCUGAUCUUAAUAGACACAUCAGAAUUCACACAGGGGAGAAGCCCUUUUCCUGCACGAUUUGUGGCAAAGGUGUUACUAAAAGAUGUCAUUUGACUACUCACAUGAGAAUUCACACAGGUGAGAAGCCUUUUGAAUGUCUGUCUUGUGGAAAAAGAUUUACUCAGACAUCUGAUCUUGAUAAACACACCAGAAUUCACACAGGGGAGAAGCCAUUUUCCUGCACAAUUUGUGGCAAAGGUUUUACUAAAAAAAUUCAUUUGACUACUCACAUCAGAAUUCACACAGGUGAGAAGCCUUUUGAAUGCAUGUCCUGUGGAAAAAGCUUCACUAAGAAAUCUGAUCUUGAAAGACAUAUCAAAAUUCACACAGAUGAGAAGCCUUUUGAAUGUCUGUCUUGUGGAAAAAGAUUCACUCAGACAUCUGAUCUUAAUAAACACACCAGAAUUCACACCUUGGAGAAGCCAUUUUCCUGCACGAUUUGUGGCAAAGGUGUUACUAAAAGAAGUCAUUUGACUAGACACAUGAGAAUUCACACGGGUGAGAAGCCUUUUGAAUGUCUGUCUUGUGGAAAAAGAUUCACUAAGACAUCUGAUCUUAAUAAACACACCAGAAUUCACACAGGGGAGAAGUCAUUUGACUACUCACAUCAGAAUUCACACAGGUGAGAAACCUUUUUCCUGUACAAUUUGUAACAAGAAUUUUACUGUAAAAAGUAAUUUAACUACUCACAUGAGAAUUCACACAGGUGAGAAGCCUUGAAUGUCUGUCUUGUGGAAAAAGAUUCAACUCUAAGUCUAAACUCAAAUAUCACCGCCAAAUUCAUUGAUAAGAAUCCAAAAGUCAAUUGAGUAGACACAUGGGCAUUCACACAGGUGAAAAGCCAUACUCCUGAAUGAUUUGUGACAAAUGUUUUAAACGAGAAGGUAAUUUGAAUUUUCAGAUGAUAUUUAUUUAUGGAUAAUGUGGAAUGAUUUAUAUUUUUGAAUAAACAUUUGUUUCACUUAAGUCACAGGAAUGGAGAGACAGCAAGUUCAAUUCGUGGCAGUGGCAAAGUUGUGACAGUUCCGUUGGCUUGUUGUGACAGUUCCGGUGUAUUGUUGGCCUGACACGGCUUUAGUACUGGCUGGCACAGCGUGUUACUGGCAGCAGCCACUAGACUGAGAGUCUGCUACAUCAGCUCCACGAUUACUGACACUUUUUUGGUUGCUACAGAAGCCGUUUUUAAGCAAAGUACCUCUAAGUAGAUUGUUGCUUUAAUAUUGUGAUGAUACUGCUUAAAAAUCUGUAUUUAAGUCACAUUUACUUAAUGUAACGAAGUAGUUUAUCUGCAAAUAAAUGGCAUCUGCUGGCACCGGCCACUACGCACCCACUCCGGUGGCAGUCUCUGCCAGCACCGGCCACCAUCGGCCACUACGCAGCCACUCCGGUGGCAGUCUCUGCCGGCACCGGCCACCAUCGGCCACCGGAGUGGCUGCGUAGUGUCAUAGUGGCAGAUGAACUACUUUUUUUUUUUUUUUUUUUUUCCUUGCUGUUUUUAGGCAAAUAGCUUAUUUAUUCAUCUACUUUUUUAAGUUUUAUUAUUUUUUUUUGCCGUUGUUUGGCAAAUUAUUUAUUUAUAGUAGCUAUAGUACCUCUAAGCAAAUACUAUUGUGAUGUUUAUUGCUUAUUAAACUGCAUUAAAAUUUUCAUAAAGCCACAUAGUAGUUCAUCUGCCAAUAAGUGGCCAGUGGCACUGCCACUUUUUGCCAUUAGGUGUCCUUGGCCACUUCUAUCUAAAAAACUGUUUUUAAACCUUUUAAAGUUUCACAUGUGUGAAACCUUUAAUGAAGUGACUGCAUUUACUUUGGAAUGGCAUUACACACACUGCUGUUGUGUUACACAGAAUUCUUAGUUAAUAUGACAUACAUUGCCAUUCUGAAAGCACCUGGCCAUGAAGGUGUCAGAGAACACUGGAAGAUGACAUAAUUCCACAGGAUAUUUGAGGUGAAAAUGAUGUCAGGUCGUAAUAGUUGUAACUAAAUUCUUAAGGUUUAGUUAUCAGUAUCCUCCUCCUUAACUGUAUCUAAGAUGUGGAGAGGCAACAGCCAUGAAGAUUUAUGGUUACUUGUAAUUUUUGUUAUUUACAGAGUUUAUUCCAAUCUGGCAAAAACACAUUGAUUUUUUUUUCAUCCAGAAUGUACACACAGAACUUUUCAUAGUCCGCCUUCUUUUCAAAAACUAAAGUGAAAUCCUCCGCUGGAGAAUAUUCAUCUUGUCAUCCCAUGUCUUUGAAACCAAGACGGUGCCUGUAAAACUGGGAGAUGAUCGAGCAGCCUACUGGCAGGAAAGCCAAACUGCCGCCAUAGUGGCAGCGUAGUGGCCGCUGCCAGCAGAGACUGCCACCAUAGUGGCAGCAUAGUGGCAGAUGAACUACUUCAUUCCAUCAAGUAAUUGAGACUUUAUAAAAGUUUUAAUGCAGGUUAUUAAGCAAUAACAUCACAAUAUUAAAACAACAAUCUACUAAGAGGUACUAUAAAUGGGUAAUUUGCCUAAAAACAGCUUCUACAGCAGCCGAAACGGUGUCAGUAAACGGUGUGAGUCUAGUGGCUGCUGCCAGUAAUACGCCGUGCCAGCCAGUACUAAAGCCGUGUCAGGCCGACAAGCCACCGGAACUGUCACAACGCUGCCACGAAUUGAGCUCGGCCCUGCUGCAUUUUUCAUGUUUGACUGGUAAUAAAAUGACCAUAUAGAAACUCCUUUGCCUCAUUACCUAUAUUCUUUUUUGAGCAAAGUUUUGACAAGGCCAUUAAUUAACUGCUCUUUUAACAUAGAAACAAGAACAGAUAUGUUGUUAUAUUGUAAACCUGGUCAAAUUUUGUUUUUGAGACUAAGAAACUUUUAGAUGAACGAUAAACUACCGGUUGGAUAUAUUCCAGAAACAGACCUUUAUCCAGAUGAAAAUAUCCUCAGAUAAAUAAAAAUGAAGGUAGAACACAUUUUAUGUACUUUACUCAGUUUUUUUAAGAGGUCAGCUGCAACUGAUCAGAAUUUUGCUAAUUAUGUUUCUUGCUGGCUCCCAUUAGCAAUGCAUCAAUCAGCGCUGCUAUGUGUGAUUUUGAAGCCAGGCCCACCAAAACUCAAACAUAAUUUGGCACAGUGUUAGAGCUAUGGUCACUGGAUAUUAGAAUUAAUAAAGCAUCUAUAGAGGAGUCUCAGAUGAAGAUUUGGGACAUAUAUACCGUAAAUCUUCUAAUAUAGGACGGGGCCUUUAUUUCACUCAGGUACAUCUUGGUCCAGGGCAUUAUUGGAAGGAGGCCAGAAUUAGAGGCAGGCCUUUAUUUCUAUUUGAUAAAAACAGACUACCAGUGGAAUGAAUAAAAACAAGAUUGUAUGUCUCUUUGAACCUAUAAAAUACUAGGUUCAUUUAUUGAAAAAGUACAAUUACCAUGACGGUAUGCAGAACAUUAUUCAGAGAUCUUCCAGCAGCUGCAAUUUUUCUGCAUGGCAAUGCGAAAAAAAAAACAAACAAAAAAA